CUGCUCGAUGAGUUCAAGACCAACAAAACGGGUCGGAAGUAUGAACUACGGGAGAUCUUGGGCCACGUUUACGAGUUCAGCUUGGAUCAGCACGGCAGCCGCUUUAUUCAGCAGGCACGUGGAGGGGGGCUGAAGCUGGAGUGUGUGAAUAACGAGGACGUCGAUGCAGCUUUCGGCGAGGUGGUACCACGUAUCCUGCACCUCAUGACGGAUGUCUUCGGUAACUACGUUGUUCAGAAGUUCCUGGAGCAUGGCACUCCGCAGCAUCGGGCCUGCAUUUCCAAGGCCCUUCACGGCCACGUGCUGCAGCUGAGUUUGCAGAUGUACGGCUGCCGCGUCGUGCAGAAGGCUCUGGAGGUUUUUACAGAGGAUCAGCAAGUGGACCUCGUUUCGGAGCUGGACGGCCACGUCAUGCGCUGUGUACGCGACCAAAACGGCAAUCACGUUAUUCAAAAGUGUAUUGAGUGUGUACCCACACAUCGCAUCGCAGGGCUUCUGGACAAUUUCCUCAUGUGUGUGGUGCCCCUGUCAACGCAUCCGUUUGGUUGCCGUAUCAUUCAGCGUAUCCUGGAACACGUGCGUGACCAGCGUCGUCGCGCGGCAGUCAUGGCCGAUAUUCUUGGCGCCGCCGUACAGCUAACACAGGAUCAAUACGGAAAUUACGUAAUCCAGCAUGUGCUGGAGAGGGGUACACCAGAGGAGAAGUCUUCCAUUAUCGGCAGCCUGUCGGCUACCGUGGUGCAGUUGUCGAUGCACAAGUUCGCGAGCAACGUGAUUGAGAAGUGCCUAAUCCACGGGAGCACCGCGGACCGCGACCUGAUCAUCAAUCGCAUGCUUGGGCCCCUCAAUAUAAGCCCGAAGAGGGGCCCAUGGACGGCCAUGAUAAAAGACCAGUUUGGCAACUACGUGGUGCAAAAGGUGCUGGAGGUCUGCACCGACGUACAGCGUGAGGCCAUGCUGGCCAGGGUACGGGCGCAGCUGCACGCACUCAAGCGCUUCACCUACGGCAAGCACAUUGUAGCGCGCGUGGAGAAG